AUGCCUCCGGUCUCCCAUCUCCCCGACGACGUCACGAACUACGUGUUUCUGCUGAGACGAGUUGAAGAAGUGCCGUUCAAGUACUGCCACGUCCACUGUCCCCCCAUCACGACCUCUCGCAGCCCUGUGACCGUGUGCCCCCUUCGCGACCUGCGCCACCCUGUUCACCACGUUGACCUCAUCACUACUCGUGUCACUGUUGGCCCCGUCACCACGACCACCAAGGCGCCUACUGGACACCAACGACAAGCUUGA